GCGACGGCUGAUAAAGGUGACACGAGUCGCGGGACAUCGUGUAUAACGAAGCGACGCGGGCCGUGUCAAAUAUGCUUUGCUCACAAAAAAUAUUAAAAAGAACUUGCAUUCAUGACGAAAUAAUGAAGUAUAUGGUGAACAAUAUGAAUCUAGUAAAAGUCAAUCUUAUGUUGACAAUAUUAUCAAAUAUCACAAAUUGAAGAAACAAUCAAAGAAAAAGUUUAUAGUGUUCUAGAAAGUGAUUUUCAAUGUUCAAUUUGUAAUGAAUUAAUGGUUAAGGCGUGUACAAUUAAUUGCAGCCAUACAUUUUGUGAAAUUUGUUUAAAUACUUGGUUGAAAUAUAGUCAAGUGUGUCCUCUUUGUCGAACUUUAGUUCAAACCAAAACUCUUUGUCUAUCUCUGGAUAACUUUAUUACCAAUAUUUGUAAUCUUCUUGGGAAUGCAAUAAAAGAACAUCGGGAAAAAGUACAACAAGAAAAAUUGACAGUUAAUGUCCCACGAGUAGAGUAUGCACGACAAACUGCUAGAAGAGGUAGUAGAAGAGAGGUACAACUCAACGUCGAAAUACACAUCCUGCACAUGUUCAAUAAGAAAUAGUGCAAAGAAUUCAUGAAGUUAUGUUUUGAUAAAUACCUGAAUUUUUGACUAAUGUAAUACAUUUUAAACUUUCCAAAAGAAAAUUUACUUUUUACUCUUUCAUAUUUUUAGAAAAAUUGAA